AUGGCGGCUCGCCGGCGCGCCGCGCCGGCGGCCGCGGCCGCUCCGGCAAUGCUGGCGCUGGCGCUGUCGGGGCUGCCGCUGGCCUCGCCAGCCGUGGCCGACGAGUUUUUCGACCUCGUCGCCUCGCGGGGCCUCGCGGAGCCGCCGGCGGGGCUCAUGCUCUGCUGCCUGGGGCUGUCCGAGGGCGCGGCUGGGCUGGCCCGCAGGAUCCUGGAGGGGCUGGCGCCGCCCAGGUUCCGCGCGCACGUGGCCUUCUUCCACAAGCCCCCGUCGGGUGCCACGCUGGAGGAGGCCGACAGCCUGCUCCGCGACUUCCCGGAGAGGGCGCACCUGGUGGACGACCCCGAGCCCUUCCGCUCCCUGUGCUCCGUGCUGCUGCUCUCGCCAGAGGACCCGCGCUUCCACGCCGAGCAGCUGCGCGCCCUGGCGCGCCCGCCCGAGGUGCUGGUAGCCCAUGCGGGGCCCGAUUGCGGCGGGCGGGCCUCGUACGCCUGCCGCUUCUUCGAGGCCGCGUGGGGCGCUCUGGCGUCCGCGAAGGCCUCAUGCGGACACAGCUUCUGCUUCGCCGUCCUGCCCCUGGAGGAGCUGGAGGACCCGCUGCUCACCAGCGUGGACUGCAAGAUGCUUGCUGCGCCGGAGGCGCCUCCGUUCGUGGCGUCCCAGUGGCAGCAGGACUGGUUCGUCUACCACAACUUCAUCCGCGGGACGGAUUUAGACCCGCUGCACGGGCCCCCCGCUCGCGAGGGCGUGUUCGUCGACAUAGGCGCGUUCCACCCCAUCCACCUAUCCAACACGUUCUUCUUCGAGCGUUGCCUCGGGUGGCGGGGCGUCUGCGCGGAGCCGAACCCCAGCUGGGGGCCCUACUUCGGCGCCUACCGCCCAAGGUGCCGGCUCGCGCAGAACUGCGUGUGGAGCGCGCCCCGGAGCGUGGUCAUGUCCUUCGAGAAGGACCCCAUCGAGGCAUACAUACAGGACGUCCCCAACGCUGGAGCGGUGCCCAUCUCCGACGCCGCGGGCGCGACAGCGAGGCGCUUCACCGCCGAGUGCCGCACCCUCGAGGACAUCCUGACGAGCUCUGGGCUGCGAAGGCCCGCGCGCAUCGACUACAUGUCCGUGGACGCGGAGGCCGCCGAGGUCGAGAUAUUCCGCGGCUUCGACUUCGCCCUCUUCUCGGCGAUCGUCUGCCGUCGCGGGGCCCAGAAGGGCUGUCGGGUUAUGAGCUGGACACGAUAUUCUCGAUGGCCGGGUACGCGAAGGUCGCGGUCCUCGGUGGCGACCACGUUUACGCCAAGCUGA